GUUCAGGACGAGGACGACGACUUCUGCCCCACCUGCCUCGAGGUGUACACCCCGGAUAACCCCAAGAUCUUUACGGAGUGCGGCCACCACUUCCACAUGCCGUGCAUAUACGCCUGGUUCGAGCGCAAGACCACGUGCCCCAUGUGCGAGUCGCCCAUGCAGGCCCCCGGCAUGUGA